ACGAACGGUCGCGGGAAGUCCUCUGCCACGCGCGUGAUAGGAAGAAGCCUUCUCCACCGGUUCAAACUUUUUUUUCCUUUUCCGUAAACAUUGGUUUGUUUUUUUACUGUGGAAAGACGUGUUUCUGAAUUGGUGAGUCAUCGCUAACGUAUCGACGGAUACCGAUACUCGACUGGACCCCCGUGUAUCCCGUGGUGGUGGUUUAAUUUCACUUCGGGACGUUGUUCCGCAACUCACUCCGGGGCCAUUUCUCCGCGCUGGAUGGGCGUGUAGGAGUUGGCUCACAAGUUAACGUUUCACUGGAUGCUAGCGGACCUUUAAGCGACUCGCGGUACUUUUUUGACACUUUGAAGUCGAUACCUUUAUUUGAAGGUAGUUGGUGGUCGUAUUGAGUCCUCUCUACGAACGUUAGUGGGGGUCCAGCCGUUUUUUUUUUUGUUUUUUUUUUUUUUACCGUCGACGACCCCGGGGUUUAAAUCCUGAACAUGUCGAGCUUCAGUCGCCAUCGGCACGGAUCUCCGUCUCCUAGAGUUCCACCGAUUCGGCAGAAACUGCAGUUCACGUGCAGCGACGGGGAGGACGAGCCCAUCGAGGACGUCAACAACAGCACGGGCGGAGAGUCCGGCUUCACGGAGAUGGACUCCCCGAUGCCGGUGCGACGGGUCGCCGAAGACAAGCGGCUGGAGGGCGACAGUAGCCCGCUGAACCGGUCCGGCGGAGACGACGACGUGGAGCUGUGGGACGAGGAGAGUUUCGGGUCUCCGACUCACCUGCGAUCGCCGAGAAGCGUUAUCUUCGCCAACUGCUCGCCGUCGCCGCGCAAGGCUUCCCGGUUGUACGGAGGGUCACCGGAGCGGUCCUACGUGCAGGACGACGGGGAAGGAUCCAGCUCCCCGAUCCCGGACUGCCCCGACACACCGCCGCACAAAACGUUCAGAAAACUCAGACUUUUUGACACACCGCACACACCAAAGAGCUUGCUGUCCAGAGCCAGGGCCUCCGGCCCGGGAUCCUCCAGCAGGAGAGUUGCCCUGUUCAAGAAUGCGGAGGCUUCGGGGAAGUCGAUCACAGACACGGGCAGGAGACAGCAGACCCCCCAUGUCAACUUUAACCCCUUCACACCCGACUCCCUCCUCAUCCAGUCCGCUACACAGCAGAGGAACAGGAAGCGAGCACACUGGAAUGACUCUUGUGGAGAAGACAUGGAGGCAAGUGACGGCGAAGGAGAGGAUGAAGUCUUACCUCCAUCGAAGAGGAUCACCAUGAUGGAGAGCAACAUGAUGUCCAGGUACGCCUCGGAGUUCCUCGAGCUGGAGAAGAUCGGCUGCGGAGAGUUUGGUGCUGUGUUCAAGUGUGUGAAAAGACUCGAUGGCUGCAUCUACGCCAUCAAGAGGUCGAAGAAACCUCUGGCCGGCUCCGUAGACGAACAGAACGCCCUGCGGGAGGUGUACGCCCAUGCCGUGCUGGGCCAGCAUCCCCACGUGGUGCGCUACUACUCCGCCUGGGCCGAGGACGACCACAUGCUCAUCCAGAACGAGUACUGCAACGGCGGCACGCUCUCUGACGCCAUCUCCGAGAAUUACAGGCGGCUCAGUUACCUGAGCGAGCUGGAGCUGAAGGACCUGCUGCUGCAAGUCACACGGGGCCUCAAGUACAUCCACUCCACAUCUCUGGUGCACAUGGACAUCAAGCCCAGUAACAUCUUCAUUUCACGAAAAUCUGUAUCAAGCUGUGAUGAAUGUGAUGAUGACGAAGGAGUGACCACCAGCGUGGUCUACAAAAUAGGGGAUCUGGGUCAUGUGACACGAGUGAACAAUCCACAAGUGGAGGAAGGUGACAGCAGAUACUUGGCCAAUGAAAUUUUACAAGAGGACUACAGUAAGUUGACGAAGGCGGACAUCUUUGCCCUGGCCCUGACUGUUGUCAACGCCUCGGGGGCGGAGCCUCUUCCCACCAACGGAGACAAAUGGCACGAGAUCCGAGAGGGAAAACUGCCCGCCAUCCCCCAAGUGCUUUCUCCAGAGUUUCUAAGUCUUCUCAAGCUGAUGAUCCAUCCUGAUCCAAGUAGACGGCCGUCAACGUCCGAACUCAUCAAACACCCGGUGCUCCUCACGGCUGCCCGGAUGAGCGCCGAUCAGCUCAGAGUGGAGCUCAAUGCGGAGAAGUUCAAGAACGCACUGCUCCAGAAGGAGCUGAAGAAGGCCCAGCAGGCUCGAGCUGCCGCAGAGGAGAAGGUUUUGUCCACCGACCGGGUCCUGACCCGCUCCACGGUGCAGUCCAAUCCCAGAUCCUCCAGACUCAUCGGCAAGAAGAUGAACCGGUCGGUCAGCCUCACCAUCUACUAAAACUUCACCGGCCCCCCCUGACAGGAAGGGAAACCCAAAAGGCUCAUGGACCUAUUUAAAUUAAACACGUUCAGAUGGAAUCAAUCAAGUUUUUAUUUUCCAAGUGAGCCGUGUCACUCGUGGUGUUGAACUAAACUCCAGACUCUCAUUGCCAACAUGGUUCAGCCCUUUUUUUCCCUUUCAAAUUAACUUUUACUUUUGGAAGAUAAACUGUCAUUCCUGAAAGGUAGAUACUUUACCUUACUUUUUUAUUUUUACACUGUCAUUCCAUAAGUUUGCAUGAACGUCAGGCUCCAUCACCGUUUCUGUCCUUGCACUUCCCUUCGACAAAGCCUGUUGGCCGCGGACCGAAGCCGCAGUGAAGCUCUCAGUGUGAAUGUACUUGCCGUGUGCACCUUACUGCCUGUCAAAUGCCUGAUGCUGGGUACCAGAAGGUCUGAGAACUGACAUGUCCGUGUUUGUAUGGAGCACUUUGGAGGCAACACCUGGAACUUGCCACAUUUUCUUUUUUUUUUUAAAGAGAAAAAAAAAGAAAAACCUGCUGCUAUUGAUGUUUUAUGUGUAUCGGGGUUUGGCCCAUUUCAGGUUGGAUCGUUCUAGAGGUCUUUGGCUCUUAUUUUGAUGUAGCAGGAGGCUUCCCCCCAUCCCCCAUUUAACGUUUAUUCUUCUGGUUGCAUGGAGAAUGGAUCAUCCCACUCGAGCCAAAAUCCUCUGUUUUGUUUGAAGUACCCAAACCAGCAAGCGACACAUCUGUGCGGUUACGUCUGGUAAUUCCCCCGUUCGAUAGGUGCUGCCAACCCCCUUGUAGCAUUAGAACAAUCAUCGUCCUGUUCUUUAGGUUCUCAUGUGUUCUGUUAUUUUUAUUGAUUUAUUUUCAACACGCAUCGUCUAUUACUGGUUAUACAAGUAUUCAGUGUCUUUUUUUUUUUUUUUCAAAAUUCUCCUAAGCUCUAACACAACAACUUUUCAGUUGUUGACCUUGUAUAUAUGUUCUUUCAAUAAAUUCUUAACAUCUA